CGACAGUGACCUCAUGCUGCUAAAGUUGCACAACUCCACCAUUAUCAACCAGUAUGUCCAACCCACUGAACUGGCUACCGAAUACGCUCAGCCUGACACUCCUUGUGAGGUAUCGGGCUGAGGCACCAUCAAGUCACCACAAGUUGGAAUACCCUGACCUUCUACAGUGUGCACAGAUCUACACAAUAUCUCAUGAAGACUGCGAACAGGCAUAUCCAAGCUUUAUCAUGGAAAACAUGCUAUGUGUUGGUGUGAGAGGAGGAGGUGUGGACUCUAGUCAGGGCGACUCCAAAGGACCCCUAGUUUGCAACAACAGACUCCAAGGGGUCAUCUCCUGGGGGAUGCAAAUCUGUGCCCAACCUGGGAAGCCUGGAGUUUAUACAAACAUCUGCCAAUUCACCAACUGGAUUCAUGACACCAUGUAGAGAAAUUCAGGCAACCAAGCUGCAUAUUCCCAUUAGCGCAAUAAGAAGACUUCACUGUAUUGGGAUCCCAGUCAGAACAAGUGCUCAAUGAAAUUAAGUAUUAGCUUUCUCCCUAAGCAUCUUGCCAGCUUUGAUUAUGUCCCUUCUUCUGUGCUAGCUAGUUAAUUUGGUGGUGAAAGCAGAGGCAUCAUAUACUGCUACUGAUAUAACCUUAGAACUGAAAGGUUAGAAAUAAUAAUCACUUCCAUUUAUAUUCAAAAAGUACAUACGGUAUAUUUCAAAAACAUAUUUUUUUAAAAAAGACUCCAUUAUUUCCAUGAUCCCACCCUGCCCUCCCAGUGCUGGGCAAAGACACUGAGUCUUUUCCAAAAAAGGAUUUUUAUAGGGUUGAAUGCAGGAUAUGGUCAAAAAGUCCAUUUGAUCCAAUGAAUACUGUGGCAUCACUUAGGUUUUGGACUUCACAAAUGGGCACGGCUGCCAGGUGAAAGUCAGAGACAUUUUAGUUGGCAGAACUAGAUUUGGGCAAGAAGUUGCAUUGCUGGGCAGAGGGUGCCCUCUUGUGGCACCUGGUCUCCCCAGCAGCAGUCUUUCAGUUGAUUUGCUCUACAAGUGCUUUCCAUACAGAUAGUCCUCGGACUUAUGAUUACAACUGAGCUCAGAAUUUCAGUUGUAACUCAAGACAUCACAUGAUAGGAUGUGACGUUACUUCAUGAACAGUUGAUAAGCAAAUGCCGCAGUUGUUAAGCAAAUCCAUUUUCCCCAAUGGUUUUUUGGGGGGAGGGGGGGCUGGAAACUGGAAGUAAAUGCGGAAACUAGCAAAAAAUAACCCAUUGCAAAUUGUAGUUACAUGACUGUGGGAUGCUGCAAACAGUUGUAAAGGUGAGCCAGUGGCCCAAAAUGCAAUCAGAUGAUUGCAAGAGGGGUGUGUGGUCAUCGUAACUCUGAAAACGGGUCAUAAAUAGCUCUGGGAAAGUUCAUCAUAAAUUAAAAUACUGAUUUUGCAACUAUCCAACCUUUAUGAGGUGAAGUCAUAGCUGGAGUUACAAGCAAACAGUAAUCUAGAUUUAGUUGGGUGUAGACCACUUUGUCUGAAUUGCACCAGCUGCAGUUCAAGAUGUAAUCCAAUCCUAAACCGCAGCCAUUAUUAACUAAGUGUUGUAAAAUGUUUCAUAACCUAUGAUUAAAAGGUUCCUUAAUUCAGCCAGCCCAUAGUUAACAUAAUGAUUUGGAGGAGAAAAAAAUUACAAUUACAAAAGUUCACCCGUGUUGCCUUAAAUUAUGGUUUGACGUGAACUCUAAACCUGGAGAAUAAUAAAAAUUUAUGUUGCGUAUGCUGGGACAAAAACAGAAAUAAAGAUGGCUCUUCCUUUCACAAACUGGAAGACAGAGCCUGAAAGGAGUGGUGGUGUUUUUGUAAAACAACAUAUGAGCCUAGAAUGUUACAACACUAAGGAGAAUAAACUUCCACUUCUGGCUCAAUGCACAACUUUGCUUCUCCAGGGUCACAAAUUAUUAUUUUACCUGGAUCUUCCUAGAGCAGGGGUAUCAAACUGCCGGCCCAGAGGCCGGUUACAUCAUACAGAGGCCGCGCCCACCACAGCUCCGGCAAUGCAAAAAAGUCAUGAUGUGUCGCAACACGUAACUUGAUGUGGCAAGUUUGACACCCGUGUCCUAGACAUAACAAUAUCACACAUUAUUGCAGAAAUGCGCACAUGGGCCCUUCGCAAUGCUCGACAUUUGUCCAUAAGGGCUUAUGGAUACUGUAGUCCAAAACAUCUGAAGGAUACCAGACUAUCUACCCUUGUUUCAAUUCUGGGACCUAUCUGGUCUGUGACCCAUAAUAAAGAUACCUGACUUUAUUCUAUGGUUGACCUGAACAAAUGACAGAAACGAAUGAUGAUGAUGAUGAUAAUAAUAAUAAUAAUAAAGUUGUAAGGGUCCUUGAAGGUCAUCUAG